CUGCGACAACAUCAAGAUGGGGUCACAUUGUGAGACACGUCCAAAAAAUUUCGUCGUUCCCAACUUCCCACCCCACCGUUUCCCUCCAUUACAACGUUGUCUCAUCCUCUUGUUUCUUUCAUUCCUUACUAUUACCCGUAUACUCCAUUCCAUCCUUGCAUUACCUCUUUACUAAUUUACUCCAACCAGCUUGGUAGCGACUCCAAUAUGAUUAUUUCUACGCCAAAGAUAGAUGACAUGAGCGAUUGUAAUACGCUCACCAUGAAUAACACUAUUGCUAAUGCCCAGAUAACCGCAGCCUUUACUUACCCAAAAGCAAACAAUCCUCGUCAUUCCACUUCAUCAAAUACAACAUCACUUGAUAUCGACAAUUCUGCUGAGCCCCAUCAAAUCCAAAGCCAGAGCAAGAAUCAGCAGAAAAGAUCUUCUUCUGUGGACGGUUAUGUCUCUCGAGUUGGCUUUGAUACACUUGGCUGUGACGAUACUUCAGAAUACGCGUUUACGCUUCAGGCAAAGACUGAUAGCUGGAAGAGAGGCAAGCAUAGUAGAACAUUCCUUGUUGGAACCGACUUGAAUGAGUAUUCGGCUCAUGCUUUGCAGUGGGUCAUGGAGAACAUGGUUGAAGACGGUGAUGAGAUAGUUGCCCUUCGAGUCGUCCCUGUGGAACUGAGAGAUUCCUUGUCAAAAACACGUAUCCCUUCCUUCCAAGGUCAGGAAAGUGCAGCUCGUGAAGAAGCUAACAAACUUAUGGCCUCGAUCCGCGAGCAGAAUCUGUCUGGGAGAGAACUUAGUAUCGUUGUUGAAUGCAUGGUUGGCAAUGUCCGUGAUACCAUUCAAUACAUGAUCAAGUUGUACCAACCAGACAUGUUAGUAGUCGGGACGAGAGGCCGCAAUCCAGUCAAAGGAUUUUUACUAGGUUCAGUGUCACGAUACUGUUUACACCAUUCUCCCGUCCCUGUCGUCGUUGUUCGUCCAGAGCGCAAGCUGACAAAGUCAAAAAACAAAUCUAAAGGGAUAUUCCGGCGCCGUUCAUCUCUCCUUCCAAUCGAAAAGCUUGACUACCAACCUCAUUUUGCUCAACCCGUGCACAUGUCCGCCUCUGAUUUUGAUUUGAGAAGCAUGCAAACAUACACCAGUAGUAACGGCAUUUUGUCUUCUCAGAGUGCUCUUUUCCAAGUGCCACCAUUCACGCAGGCGUAAAGUUCCCGGGACGGACUAGUCCUAGUGAGAAAUGAGACCACUUUCGUCUCUAUUUUUGCCGAACAAUACACCUACGACCAUGGCUGAAGCAACAUCUGCACUUCCUGCAGAAUCCGCCAUCUCAUCUCCCUCUUCAAUAGCAUCCGCGCCAGUAUCAGUAGCACCAACAGCAUCGGCGGCAUCCACAGCAAUACCAGGAGGUGAAGCUUCGCCCGCAUCUUCUACUCGAUCUUCAAUUACGCUUUUACCAUCUCAAAUCCGGUCAUCUGCUGCUCCACCACCGGAAGGCACGCUCAAAAUGAAGAAGAGUUUAACUGUUGAUGGUACAGGCAAAGGAAAUGGAGGCAAGCACAACAGACGUUCGUCUGGUGGGAUCCUGUCUGGAUCUUCGUUGUUUGGACCACUGUUAGGGAAAAACGGUGAUGGUAGCGGAGGAGGAUUCCUUAAAGGGAAGAGGUUUUCCCAUAGCGGAUAAACAUUUUAUGAAU